GAAAUUGAAAACACCGCGCUGGAUUAUUUAGUUGUAAAUAUGAGCUUAGAUUUUUAUCGUUUUUACGUAGGAUUUUUACUAGUUUUUACUUCUUUUACUAUAGAUUCAAGUUUUAGUAGCUUUCUAAGAGCUUUAGUUAAAGAUCCAGUCGGAAUCGAGCUUUGUAAACGGUCUUGUCAUGGGAGAAACACUACUACGUCUUGUAACAAACACAUGUUGAAUGAAACUACAAGUGGAAGAUGUUGUAUUAAUAAAGGAUCCGUCGUGGGGUAAGUAAGGAUUUAAACCGAUCUUCAGCGGUUGUAGAUACACUAUUUGAUUCUUAACUUAAUUUCCUUGAUAUGGUUAUCCAUAGUGUAAUAUAUACAUCCUCUUCAAAUCGUGCUCUUUUAAAAAUCAGAUCUUGCUGAAAGUACUUUAAAAAAAACUAUCAGGCGAAACCAGUAUUCAGCCUGGUUUGAUUCCAGUCUCUGGAGACAAAGGGAAUUCUGGUUUAACCUGAGAACAGAUUUUUACUUGCAGAAUACACAAUAUGUAAAUACUGUCACCCAAUUUAAGAAUGAAAUGUUCAUACUCUAGAAUUAGAAAUACACUACUUGGAUUUUUCACAUGCCUCUGGUAAACUGUCUAGGCGUGGAUUGUGUUUCAAACCUUAUGGCAUUCAUGUGAUUAAGCCAAAGAAGAGGACCUGGAGACAUUGCCUAUUCCCAGACCCUCUAUUUUCUCUUUAGAGAUCGUCAAGAGCAUGUAUGAAAAUAUAAACCAUGGGCCACUUGCGCAAAGGGGUGGUGGCUGGGAAAAGAGAAAAUAGAUGGUGUGUGGACAUCUUUGGGAGCAACUGAAAUUUGCUUUUCCCAGGAAAAGCAAAUUACUAUUGAUAGUCGUCUUGAAAAGUCCUUGAACGUGACUAUUUUGUUUCCGUGACAUCAGUGUAUAGUGGAACAAAAAUAAGCGCUCAGUAUCAACACCAUGUCAACAACUUAUCAUGCUACCAACAUGUGAGUUGAAGUGCUUGUUAUCACCUCCGAAGCAGUCUGUGCAGAUAUGAUUUAACAAACGUGAGACUUCAAUUGUCACUCUUUUGUUUGAUCAUUUACCUUAGUGUCAGCGAAUGCAAAGGUGUUAAUGAUAAGGUGUUGACAUGCGGAAGGGACUAAAUAAACCUCUUUUUUCCCAAAGAUGUCCACAGACAUUCUUUUCUUUUCUCUCUUGCACUCCACCCUCAUUUUGAUGCCUUGCACUAGUUCUUGCGUGCUUACUUUGUUCACAUGCAUGUCAAUUUUUGAUGGGGAAAAGAAAGCACUGUCUGUGUACAGGCUAUUGGGGACAUUCAGAUUUGAGGAAGAGUACUCAACUGAGCAUAAAUAAAUCUUUUUAAAAGAUAAUAAUAUUAUUUUCAGUAUCGUUUUUUUCCAAGAGUUUUAUUGCACAGACCUCUUCUUCCAUCCCGUUAAGAGCUGUGGCUAAAUAAUAUUAAUUUCAUUUACCAGUUGUCUGCAAGCAGAAGACGGAAUUGAACAGCUAGGAAGUUCUUUUACUUCUAUGUUCCCUCUGUUUCCUUUUAAACUACUACAGCUGUAUAGCCGGAGGUCAUGCCCACAGUAGUUGGGGAAAACCCUUGGUACCCACACACAGCGACAGCCCUGCUAUUGCUGAACGUUUUCUAGGGAGGCUCUAACAAUAGGAGUGAUGUGAGAAGUGAUUAUCCCUGUAUACUCCUGUAUAGUCCAAUCGGAUGGUCUCUAUUGCGCCCACUGGAGUCUACAAGUGAGAUUCGCGUAUUGUACAUGUACAUUUGUCAAAAAGGAUUGUAUUAUUGAAAGAGAAAAUGGAAAGAGUUUACUGAGGAGGUGGUGCCAUUUACAUUCCCCAAUUUUGCUCAGAUAACUGACAAGUGUAAUUUUCUUUGUUGUGUUUUUUAGACUAGACCUUAGCAACUGCACAUUAAAGAUCAUGCCUACUCUAAAGGCUGUUCAAACUCUUAGAUGGCUGUAAGUAUACAGCACAGUGUAUUAUUACCAAAGAAACAAUCGAGCAAAGCCAAUGCACAAUAUACACCCUGUAUAAUUUAUGGUGUUGUAUGCUAGCAUUCUUGUGUCACCCCUAAUAGUAAAUUUAUUGAUGAUGAUAACUGAUACAGUUAUAACAAAUUUGAUUUCAGGUUAAAAUUUUUAACCUACUGCUCUAGGUUUAUUCUCAAUUUUCUUUGUGUGAGGGCAAUAAGACCAAAGGAACCAGCCAAAGUUAAUUCAAAAUUAACCGGAAAAAAACUCAACCUGUAACUCAUAUUAUGUACAUGUACAUAAAAUGUUGCUGCAACUACAUUGUAUUUAUUUUUGCUUCACACAUUACAUUAAUCACACAUUAUGUUAACUACAUGUAUACUGCACAUACAAAGAUACAAAACAAUAUUUGUUUGGCCCCUUCAUACGGUAUACAUGUACAAUGUACUUUGGAGAAAGAUUUUUUAAAAUUUGCUUUUUUAUUACAUUUUUCAAACCUUAGGGACUGGAAUAAAAUAACAGUGUGUAUACUAAAAUGUAGACCUGUAUAUGUAAAUUGAGUCAACCAUCAAGUAAUAUUUAAAAAAAUAAUAAUGUACACCCAUUACGGUUUUAACGACUCAUUUGCUGUAGCUGGCAUAUUCUGUAGUACAUCUAAAGUUUUAAGUCUGUUACUAUUUGAUAAUUUAAAGAUGAUAUGACCCAUUUCAGGUAUUUGCAGGACAAUCCCAACCUAGAAUGUACUGGCAAAACAUUCCUUGGUAGUUUUAAAGGCUUGAAGAACCUUUCAGAAGUGUAAGUGUAAGUCCAGACUUACUCCAUUUACUCCCAGUUGUGGCUAAAGACAAAAUUCGACAAAAAUUCUAGACUCAUUAAUUUUGUAAAAUGCUGAAAUGCUAAAGACGUUUCAUUUGAAUGGUCUCGCAGGGUUCCUCAUAACUCACACUUAAUGAGGCAGACCACAGUCUGGUUUUAGUGAUUAGCUUCAAACACCUGCUUGUUUUUAACAACCUCUCUCAAAGUAACUAAAAUACAUGUACGAAUUCAGGAACCAGUUGUAAGGAAAGUCUGGUAAUAAUUAUCCUUUGUUUACCCUGGGCAGUAUUUAUUUUACUGAUGCUAGUGGAGCCAAGCAAAUGCCUGAAACAAAUAGUUCUGAUGAAACUUAACAGGGUAAAGAAUCUGAACUGGCUGGAGGUAAACCAGUUGGCUUUUUACAAGCAUGGUUGAGGAUUUGAACUCGGGAAUACCGAGAGCAAAUCCAGCUAGCGGUCAGGGCAGGGCUUGAACUUGAGCCAUGCUGACUCCUCCUGAUCAUGGACAACAUUUUUCUCAAAGACUUACCUCAGUGAAUUGUGAGUUCAGAAAUGUCUAUUAGGAGGGUUUACCUCGGUGUAGGAACCUGGGAACUUUUUCUUUGUUUUGUACCUUUUGUUUUUCUAGGUUUUUUAUUGUGAUGACUUAUUUGUUUUCUUUGUUUUACGUCACCGGAGAGUUGAACAGGUUCUUACACCGAGGAUGAGCCUAUUAAGAGGUAUUAGGCUUUACAAAAUAAUAACUAAUUCAAUUGUAUAUUUUGCUUUUAGGGUUUUGCCAAGAAGUUGUAAUUGUACAGGAGGCAAUGAUUUAUGGAAAAACUCCUUUGUUAAUGGCUCUGAAAGAUGGUGUGAAGGGCAGAAGGCAGAUGCCUGUAAAGUCCUCAAUGGUACAGUGAUUUUGUUUAUUACAACUACCAACUGAUGGAUUCAAACUUUGAAUAAUAAAUUCAUUAAUGCAAUCUUGGGGGGUAUGCUUGACCUGCCCUGACUGCAACAGCAAGAAGUACAUGUCCCAAGGAUUGUUACUACUUCAUCUCAAUGCAACCCCCAGAAAAAUGUCACCGGUGCCCAUAUAUACACUGUACAACAGAACACCUGAUCCCAGUUGUUUAAAAUGCCAAAUAUUGCUAUUCACCUGGUAAGUCAUUACUCAGCGGAUAAGUACAUUCCUGUACAUUUAUCAGGGAAACCAAUAAAAUAUUAUUGCACUAUCCUAUACGUAGCUACAGUAUGGAUAAAGAUCUAGUGGAUAGCCUUGUCCACCUUUUGAAUAAAUAAGAGAAACAUUAUUACAUUGUAAUGACAAUAUUGUUGCACUUUCAUGUUUGUGAACCACAGACUUUAAUUCCUUUUUUUAGUCACUUGUCCUGCAAAUGCCGAUUGUUUUCCCAAUGGACCUGGGUCCACAGAAUGUUUAUGCCAAGCGGGGUGGUUUGGUUAUAAAUGUUUAGUCAAGGUAAGAUUAUUUUUUGUGUGUGUUGUGGUUUAAUUCCAAUGGAUACUCCAGAUUUCAAGUGAAGGAGAUGAAAAAUCAAAACCCAAAACAAUCCCAUGCUGAAUUUCCGAGCGUUAAAAAUUUCCAGUAAGCAAAACAAGUUUGGUUGUACUUUAUUAGCAAAGCCAUGCGGCCAGGAUAUGCGGGCACUACUAUGAAUCUUCAGAUCGUUUGAAAUACCCCCAAAAAUCCCUACUUAAAUCAAGCCACUCAGAGAAUUACUUGCCUAAUUUUUCUACCCCAAAAAUCCCAGAAUCGAAAAUUUAAAACCCCAAAACAUCCUUUGAUCAUCCCCAUCACUUCAAAUCCUGAGGACCCCCCCCCCCACCCCCCCGGGUUUAAUCAAAUUACCUUGGUUUAAAAUUUUAAUGUUUAUUUCCUGUUUUCUCCUUGUUUCCUUUUAGCCUGGGUUUCCUUGGAUGAUUAUCUUUCUUCCUAUUGCUGGAGUAACCUUGUUUCUGAUAGUUCUUAUUUCACUACAUCAAAGAAAAAGGUACUAUUUUUAG